AGAAAUAAUGUCGUUUUGGGAUAAUCCAAGUCUUGUUGCCCGAAGAAUUUGCCGUAUUCGUCUGAUUGUGAUAGUACAGAUAUAUGCAGUUAUUUUUGUAUUAUGUGGACUUUGUCGUGUUGGAUCAGCAAUUUUUGGUGAACAAUCUUUUACGAAUCAAAUGUCCACAUAUCAAAUGAUUGUUGAAGGAUAUCUCAUCGCAUUGUUAAUAUGUGCAAGAUCCAGAACACUUUUCAUAGUUUUUUCAGUUUAUUUGAUGUAUCGUAUAUCUUCUUUAUCAGUUGGUAUCACGACUUCCUUGUAUAAUAUCGAAGAAGAUUUAAACUUUGUCAUUGUGGAUGUAUCUACACUUUUUAUAUAUACAAGUGCUCUCUUAACGUUCAGCUUGAUUGGAUUUGGCUAAAACCGAGUGGUGGAAAAUAAGGACGCUUGGCAAUAAAUAAUUGUUUUUCUUGUUUUCAAUUCAUUUUGAAUAAAACAUCUAUGACU